CUGAACCGGGUUAGUUUCCUCUUCGCAGCGCGGGAGAUUUGGACCACGGCCUCUUGUGUCCAUUAUUACUGUUUCUGAAGAUAGGGAAGAUGCCUGCGGAGAGGAAAGCGCUGCGCUAUGGUCACUCGGAAGGACACACGGACGUUUGCUUCGACGACACGGGCAGGUACAUUGUGACCUGUGGAAGUGAUGGUGACGUUCGGAUAUGGGAAGGUUUGGAUGACGACGACCCGAAGUCCAUUAACGUGGGGGAGAGGGCUUAUUCUGUAGCCUUAAAGAAUGGAAAAUUGGUCACUGCGGUGUCCAACAAUACCGUCCAGCUUCACACGUUUCCCGAAGGCGAUCCAGAUGGAAUCCUGACACGCUUCACCACUAACGCCAACCACGUGACCUUUAACGGCGAUGGGUCAAGAGUGGCCGCUGGAUCCAGUGACUUUAUGGUGAAAAUUGUGGAGGUGUCUGACAGCAGUCAGCAGAAGACGCUGCGUGGACAUCAAGCACCUAUCCUGAGUGUGGCCUUUGACCCGAAGGAUGAGUUUUUGGGCUCUUCUAGCUGUGAUGGAUCUGUAGCUGUGUGGAAAAUAGAUGACCAGGUACAGGUGGUCAGCUGGAAUGUGUUGCAGAAAUCCAGCGAUGUCAGCAAUGCCAAAUCUCUGUGUAGACUGGCCUGGCAGCCAGGUUUCGGAAAGCUCUUGGCUGUUCCAGCUGACAAAUCUGUGCAGCUGUAUGAGAGGAACUCUUGGAACAACGUGAGCAGACUUUCUGAUGACUUCAUCGCACAGCCUGUGAAUGUGGUAGCCUGGUCUCCCUGUGGAAAGUUCCUUGCUGCUGCCACUAUUGGGGGUUUCAUUGUAGUGUGGGAUGUGGACACCAAGCAGUGUAUAGAGAGGCAAAAGCACGAGAAGGGUUAUACAGUGUGUGGGCUAUCCUGGCAUCCAUCUGGGGGUCAAAUAGUCUAUACUGACACCGAGGGCUGCUUGGGACUUCUGGAUGGGGUGGCUGCCUCAUCUCCCCAACAUGGGUCGAAGAACAAUGAGAUGGUAGUAAACAAAGCGAUGGGAAACUAUGAUGACCUGUUUGAUGAGGAUGACGAUGGCCAUCUCGCAGAGGACUUGAGUGAAAACGGCUUGGCAGCUAACACCGUCACCGGUGGUGGCAAUGAAGAUGAUGAAGACGAUGACCUGAUGCCCUCCACCGGAAGACCUCGGAACCGUGGAGCCUUCCUCGAUGAUGACGACGACACUUCCGUUGAUGCUGGUUCAGUGAAGUACGAGAAUGAUGGUAGGGUUGGCACCCCCCUGCCCUCUGUGCCUUGUCCAGCUGUGUCCCAGCCCCGCUAUGAGGGGCCCAUGCCCACACCCCCACAGAAACCGUUUCAGCCCGGAUCUACUCCUGUGCACCUCAUGCAUCGUUUCUUGGUGUGGAACUCAGUUGGAAUCGUGCGUGGGUACAAUGACGAGCAGGACAAUGCCGUUGACGUGGAAUUCCAUGACACGUCCGUUCACCACGCCAUGCACCUCACCAACACUCUUGGCCACACCAUGGCCGACAUGUCCCAGGAGGCAGUGCUGCUGGCCUGCGAGGGAACGGAUGAGCUUGCUAGUAAGAUCCAGUGCUUGCACUUCUCUUCCUGGGACACCAACAAGGAAUGGAUGGUGGACCUUCCCAAAGAGGAGAAUGCCAAGGCUCUAUGUCUGGGGCAGGGUUGGGCGGCUGUGGCCACCAGUGCCCUGCUGGUGCGGAUCUUCUCCAUUGGUGGGUUGCAGAGGGAAAUCUUCAGCCUACCCGGACCCGCAGUGUGCAUGGCAGGACAUGGACAACAGCUGCUUAUUGCUUACCACCGAGGUACUGGAUUUGAUGGAGAACAGGCUCUCGGGGUCCAGUUGCUGCAGUUUGGCCAGAAGAAGAGGCAGGUUAUCCAUGGGGAGCCACUCCCACUCUCUCAGAAGUCAUACCUUUCUUGGAUGGGUUUCAGCGCUGAGGGCACACCGUGCUUUGUUGACUCGGAGGGCACGGUGCGCAUGCUAAACCGCAGCCUUGGGAACACAUGGACUCCAGUAUGCAGCACUCGAGAAAGCUGCAAGGGGACGUCGGACCACUACUGGGUGGUGGGUGUCCAUGAGAACCCCCAGCAGCUCAGGUGUAUUCCUUGUAAAGGGUCCCGCUUUCCUCCAACACUGCCUCGCCCUGCUGUGGCAAUCCUUCCUUUCAAGCUGCCCUUCUGCCAGACCGCCACAGAGAAGGGUCAUAUGGAGGAGCAGUACUGGAGAUCUCUGCUCUUCCAAAAUCACUUAGACUUCCUGUCCUCCAGUGGAUAUGAAAUAGACGAGGAGGCAAGGAGCAAGGGUCAAAAGGAACAGCAGGAGCUGCUGAUGAAGAUGUUUGCGCUGUCGUGCAAACUGGAGAGGGAGUUGCGCUGCAUGGAGCUGGCGGAGCUGAUGACCCAUAGCGUGGUCACGCUGGCGAUCCGUUAUGCCACACGCUCCCAUAGGAUGGCCCUGGCACAGCGUCUUGGAGAGCUUGCCCUGGAGAAGGCGACCGCUCAGCACGAGGAAGAUCACGAAGAUGACGAAGAGCAAUCUGAAUUGCCUAGCACUAGGCAGAUGUCUGGGUAUAGCCAAACAGGCAGUAAGUGGAAAGAGAGCCAUCAGCCAAAUUGCCAGCAAACACAGAAGGAAGAGCUGGAAGACGAGGAUUUGGGGGAGCAAGAUGACCGGGAGGGGAUGGAUUCUAGAGAGGGAACGGAGGGCCGGAAACCUUGUUUGCCUCUGUUCAACAAAGCUGACAUCUCACCAGAAAGAACAUCUUUAAAACCCUCUAGCAAAGAAGGGCGCGUUAAUCCUUUCAAGGUGUCUGCGUCAAACCCUUCUGGUUUGUCUGCUCAGCCCCGGGCAACCAAUGUCCUGGACAGCAUGACACCAUCAAGCAGAAAACCUUUGUCACUAGGAAUCUCUGGAGGAAAACAAAGUAAGGAACCAGCUCUGAAACCCCUGGUUCCACGACCCAAGUCAAAGACUCAGGUUACUCUGCUACAGAUGAAUUGUCCAAAGAUUGCAAGAAAGAAUCUAGAACCAGCUACAGAAGAACCAGCACAGAAAGACACUAUUUCUCCUGCUAGCCCUCCUGCCAGUACAGAGAACUUGAAACCAAAGACUGGUUUCCAGCUGUGGCUUGAAGAGAACCGUAAAAGGAUCCUGGCUGAUAAACCAGACCUGGAUGAAACCGAUAUCAUCAAGGAAGCCAUGAGCCUGUUUCGGGCCCUGUCAGCUGAGGACAGACUGUCCUGGACAGAGAGAGCUAAAGGGCAGUCUGGAGGGACUGCAGAUCUGAAGAAAAGAAAGAGGAGAGAGGAGAAUGUGGAGGAGAAGAGGAACGAGCUGCAGGAGAACAGUACCAAGAAAACCAAGACCGUGGACACGUCAGCUAGGCUGUCUGCGUUCGCUUUCAACAAAACCUGAGAUGAAAUUCAGCCCAGAUCAGUUAAGGUCUUAUGUGUUCCUUUUAAGAAAUUUUUUUUCUUUUUUUUUUUUUUUAUGAGUGAAGGUAGCAAUUGUAUCAUACAUGUUUCUUCAUAAUUUUUGCUGCAGACUGUAAGACAUGUUAAAAAUGUGAUUUUUAGAAUGAUUGCUUUACACCAUUAGGAUUUGUU